CCACCCAGCUGGAGGGGGUCACGUGACCGCGUUUGUUGUGUCCGCAACACACUGCACGGCUGCUGCGCUGCAAUGUCGUUAUCAUCAUCUUCAUCGUUAUUAUCGUCCUCGUGAGUGAUAUUUCCCGACGGAACGUAUCCGUGGCGGGGCCGAGCUAAGCGCGAGAGUGUAUUCAAUGCUCUCCGACUGACAGAGACGCUGCUGGAGCCCAGAGAGGGACAGAAAAACGAGUGAAAGGUUGUGAAGCUCUGUGAGUCUGAAAAUGGCCGUGUGGCAGCAGUUUGGAUUGCUUCUGUGGAAGAACUAUAUUCAGCAAAGGCGUCAGAUCCUGGUCACGCUGGUGGAGAUCGCUCUGCCGCUGCUCUUCUCUGCUAUCCUGAUCGUCCUGCGACAGAAGGUGUCCUUCAUCAACUACCCCAAUGCCACGCAGUAUGGCAGCUUCUCGUUGAGCUACCUGCCGUCCACACUGUGUCGCCCGGACCUGCAGCUGGCCUACGUGCCUGCGAACGCCAGCAUGGUGCGGCGGAUCACCGAGGACGUGCAGCAGAGUCUGCACGGCUGCAUCAGGACCGUGCGUGGCUUUGAAACUGAGCAGCAGUUGGAGGAGUUUGUGAAAACGGACCCAAAGUCAGGCAAGAUCUUGGCAGCUAUUGUGUUCGAGCACCAGUUCACACACGAGGACGAGCCGCUUCCUCUGCAGGUCAGCUAUCAUCUGCGCUUCACGUACAGCCCCAGAAACGCCCCGGCGCGCGAGAAGUUUGAGUUCAACCCCAACAGUGAUCUGGACUGGCACACGCUCAGUCUGUUCCCGCUGUUCCAGCUGCCCGGGCCCAGGGAACAACACGAGCCAGACGGGGGCACGCCAGGAUAUUUCCGCGAGGGCUUCCUGCAGGUGCAGCACGCGGUGGACCGGGCCAUCAUGAAGGCCUACAACAGCACGGCGGCGGCGGCGCUCCUCCAGAGAGCCCAAGUGCUGCUGGCUCGCUUCCCUUACCCAGCAUUCAUCUACGACGUCUUCAUCCUGGCCAUCCAGAACCAGCUGCCUCUGCUGCUGGUGCUCAGCUUCACCUACACGUCUCUGAACAUCGUCCGCGCUGUGGUGCAGGAGAAGGAGAGGAAACUGAAGGAGUACAUGCGCAUGAUGGGUCUCAGCAGCUGGUUGCACUGGAGCGCCUGGUUCCUCAUGUUUUUCCUCUUCCUCUCCAUCUCUGUAUUCUUUGUCACCGUGCUUAUCUGCGUCAAGGUGAGUCCUAACGGAGCGGUGUUGAGCUACAGUGACCCCACGCUGGUGUUCGUCUUCCUGCUGGUGUUUGCUGUGUCCACCAUUAACUUCAGCUUCAUGAUCAGCACCUUCUUCUCCAGAGCGAAUGUGGCGGCAGCAGCCGGCGGCUUCAUCUACUUCCUGAGCUACCUGCCGUACGUCUUCCUGUGGCCUCGCUAUGAUCUGCUGUCGCACGCCCAGAAAGUCUCCGCAUGCCUCAUCUCAAACGUGGCCAUGGCCAUGGGAGCCCAGCUGAUCGGCAUGUUCGAGGGCAAAGGGACGGGCAUCCAGUGGCAUAACCUGUUUGAGCCGGUGACGGUGGACGAUGACUUCUCUCUGGCUCAAGUGCUGGGUCUGCUGCUGCUGGACUCUGUGCUGUACGCUCUGGUCACCUGGUACGUGGAAGCCGUGUUUCCAGGAGAAUAUGGAGUCCCUCGUCCCUGGUACUUCUUCAUCCUGCCCUCAUACUGGUGCAGCAGCCCUCGUGUGAGCCUGCUGAAGGAGAAGGAGGACGAGGAGGAGGCCGAGAAGGUGUCGAAGGGUGAAUACUUUGAAGAGGAGCCAGCUGGACUGGACUCGGGGGUCAAGAUCAAACAUUUGGCAAAGGUGUUCAAAGUGGGCAAUAAGACCAAGGAGGCGGUGAGGGAUUUAACUCUCAACAUGUUUGAAGGCCAGAUCACUGUCCUGCUGGGUCACAACGGCGCGGGCAAGACCACCACACUGUCAAUGCUGACUGGCCUUUUCCCGCCCAGCAGUGGUCGUGCGUACAUUAAUGGUUACGACAUAUGUCAGGAUAUGGCUCUGAUCCGCCGGAGCUUGGGCCUGUGUCCGCAGCAUGACGUGCUCUUCGACAACCUCACCGUCCGAGAGCACCUGCUCUUCUACACACAGCUGAAAGGUUAUCCUCGUGAAAAGAUCCCUGAUGAGGUGGACCGUGUCCUGCGGAUCCUGAAUUUGGAGGAUAAGCACCAUGCACGAACCAAAACCCUCUCUGGUGGGAUGAAGAGGAAGCUUUCCAUCGGCAUUGCUUUAAUUGGAGACUCAAAGGUGGUGAUGUUGGACGAGCCCACCUCAGGAAUGGACCCCUCAGCCCGCCGGGCCAUCUGGGACCUGCUGCAGGGCGAGAAGCACGGCCGCACCAUCCUGCUGACCACACACUUCAUGGACGAGGCCGACCUGCUGGGAGAUCGGAUCGCCAUCAUGGCCAGCGGAGAGCUACAAUGCUGCGGCUCGCCGCUCUUCCUCAAGAACAAAUACGGUGCUGGUUACCACAUGGUUAUAGUAAAAGACGCGUUUUGUAAUGUGUCAGAGAUCACCCGUCUAGUGCACAUGUAUGUUCCCGAUGCCACUCUCGAGAGCAGUGCAGGCGCUGAACUCUCGUACAUACUGCCCAAAGAGAGCACCAGCCGGUUUGAGCUGCUGUUUGCUGAGCUGGAGAUGAAUCGAGACGAGCUGGGCAUCGCCAGCUACGGGGCGUCUGUCACCACCAUGGAGGAGGUUUUUCUCAGGGUCGGGAAGCUCGUGGACUCCAGUCUGGAUAUUCAGGCCAUCCAGCUUCCUGCUCUGCAGUACCAGCAUGAACGGCGGUCACAUGACUGGACCAUGGACGACUCCAGCAGCAUCAGUGGAAUGACGGACGUGACGGAUUUCACUGACAGCGGCACGAUGAUCUCAGAGGACGGCUCCAACAUCAAACUCAACAUUGGGGCCAGGCUCUAUAUGCAGCAGUUCUACGCUAUGUUCCUGAAGAGGGCGCUCUACAGCUGGCGCAAUUGGAAAGUGAUGGUGGCUCAGUUUCUGGUGCCGCUCAUUUUCACUGUGUUGGCCCUCGUUGUGGCCCGGGCCCUCCCUGGAAGCCAAAUCACACCCCAGCUCCGUCUGGCACUAAGACAGUAUGGCCCUACUCAUGUACCUGUGGCUGUAGACGUCGGUGCUGGGCCGCUGGCUAGAGCUCUGGCUGAUAUCUAUGCUGCACAGCUGCCUUCCCAGAAUGCCAUUCCUGCCACGAAUAUAACAGAUUUGUCAAAGUAUGUGCUAUAUAAUGCCAUGAGGGAGGGCGGAGCUUUCAAUGAGCACUGCGUGGUGGGGGCGACUUUCAGGGGCCGAUCCAGCAGGAACACUGAGGUCAUCGGCUACUUCAACAAUCAGGGCUAUCACACCCCCGCUACAGCACUCAUGCUGGUAGACAACGCUCUCUACAAGCUACUGGCCGGACCCGACGCCUCCAUCCAGACUGGAAAUUACCCCAUGCCCCGCAACAUGUCCGAGACGGCCCAGAGCCAGCUUUCUGAGAGUCAGACAGGCUUCGCCAUCGCUAUAAACCUCAUGUACGGCAUGGCAUCAUUAGCCAGCACCUUCGCCCUGCUCCUCGUCUCGGAGCGGUCGGUCAAGUCCAAACAUGUGCAGCAGGUCAGCGGGGUCUACCUUUCCAACUUCUGGUUCUCCGCCCUACUGUGGGAUCUCAUCAACUUCCUGUUGCCCUGCCUGCUCAUGCUGGUGGUCUUCCGAGUGUUUUCAGUGAAAGCAUUUGUGGCUGAGAACCACCUGGUGGACGUUCUGCUGUUGCUGCUUCUGUAUGGCUGGGCGGUGAUUCCUCUCAUGUACCUGCUCAGCUUCAUGUUCUCCUCGGCCGCCACCGCUUACACGCGCCUCACUAUCUUCAACAUCCUCAGCGGCACAGCCACCUUCCUCGCGGUCACCAUCAUGACCAUACCUGAGCUCAAGCUGGUAGACCUGUCUCAUCUCCUGGAUAAGAUCUUCCUGAUCUUCCCGAAUUACUGCUUGGGGAUGUCCUUCAGCCAGUUCUAUCAGAACUACGAGAUCCUCACUUUCUGCACCUCCAACUUCUUUGCCGAGUUCAUUUGCAAGGACUUAAACAUCACGUAUCAAGUAAACUACUUCUCCAUGGAUGAGCCUGGAGUGGGUCGCUUCCUGGUGGCCAUGUCCCUGCAGGGUGUUUUCUUCAUCGCCCUGCUUUUCUUCAUCGAGCUCCGGUGCAUCCAUGUGCUAUUCAACCCUAGCUCGGGACCCAAGAAGGUGGGAGAGGAAAGAAAAGUUUUAUUGGUUUGGAUGCUAACAAUCACAGCUGUGGGCGUGUGCUUUUUUUGUCAGAUUUUGGUGUUGGCAGAAGAAGCUCUUCAACCUGAGGACAGAGAUGUUGCGGAGGAGAGAAAGAGAGUUUUGGAGUGCCAGCCAGUGAUUGACUCCAUGGUGGGCAGCCCACUCAUCCUGCAGGAGCUCAGCAAGGUAUAUUCAUGUGGGCAGUCGCUGUUAGCGGUGGACCGCUUGUCUUUGGCCGUCGGGAAGGGCGAGUGCUUUGGUUUGCUGGGAUUUAAUGGAGCAGGGAAGACCACGACGUUCAAAAUGUUGACGGGGGAUGAAAGAAUAUCUUCAGGAGACGCCUUUAUUGACGGCUACAGCGUCCUCCGAGAUGUGAAAAAGGUGCAGCAGAGAAUUGGCUACUGUCCCCAAUUUGACGCGGUGCUAGAUCACAUGACAGGGCGGGAAACCCUGAGCAUGUAUGCCAGACUGAGGGGCAUCCCAGAGAAAUACGUCACAGCCUGUGUAGAAAACGUCCUGCGUUCACUGCUGCUCGAACCUCACGCUGACAAACUUGUCCGCAGCUACAGUGGCGGCAAUAAGAGGAAGUUGAGUGCAGGCAUGGCUCUGAUCGGUGGGCCGCCUGUGAUCUUCCUGGACGAGCCGUCCACUGGCAUGGACCCUGUGGCCAGACGGCUGCUUUGGGAUGCAAUAACACGCACCAGAGAGUCGGGUAAAGCCAUCAUCAUAACCUCACACAGUAUGGAGGAGUGUGAGGCGCUGUGUACUCGACUGGCUGUCAUGGUGAACGGUCAGUUUAAAUGUCUGGGCAGCCCGCAGCACCUGAAGAGCAAGUUUGGGAGCGGUUACACGCUGCUGGCCAAGGUCCACGUGGGCACGGAGAUAGAGGCGAUGGACCUUCAGCUCUUCAAAGACUUCAUUGAGAGCACCUUUCCAGGAAGUUUACUGAAGGAUGAACACCAGGGAAUGGUCCACUAUCACCUGACUGACAAAACUCUGAGCUGGGCACAGGUGUUUGGAGUUUUAGAAGCAGCCAAAGAGAAGUACAGCAUCGAGGACUACUGCGUCAGCCAGAUCUCUCUGGAGCAGGUGUUCCUCAGCUUCGCCCAGUUUCAGCACUGCGCCGAGGCCUGCAGGAAAUGACCCGCUCAAGCACUAAAGGGGCGGAGCUUCACCUGAGGAGUGGGAGGUACAUCCUGGGCAGACUGACUCUCCGUCAGACCACUGGACAUUGCUCAGGUGUCUCUCUUCACACACACAUCUCUGACAUGAUCAUACAUGCGUAACACAGAGACAGGACCACUAACACAAGAUCUCCACCAGGAGUAGGUUUAUUUCAAGUCUGUGUGUGCAUUUGCGAGUUUCAACAGGAAGUUCGUCACACUAUCGGAAACAGUCAUUGAAUUUUAAUCGGUGGGACUCCGCACUGAAAAGAAAGGACGUUUAUUCAUCAUCUGUAAGCGCGAAAGACAGGAUGUCUCGUGUGCACUUGUGUACGAUUGCUGUGUUAUAUAUAAAUGUCUUUUUUUGUUUGGUUCUGCUCAUCUAUUUUUAUUUUGUAUUUUUACUGUGGUCUCAAUGCUUAAGGUAUGUGUGUUUCACCCCUUUUUCUGAUAAAAUAUGCAAAAAGGCCAGAAAUAUCAGAAAUGCAAUGUCUAGAAACAUGGUAUAGCUGCUUCCUUGGGAUUCGCAAUGUUACUGAAUAUAAAUUUUACAAGAACCGUUACUGAAUAUAAAUUUUAGAGAAUAGCUUAAGGUCAUUUGUAGAAUUUAUACAGUUGAUUUAUUCCCUUUAUCUAGGCAUUGAUAUUCAACUGUUUGUUAGAUAUCAAUUUAUCUUCCACAAAAAAAGCUAAUAGUUCCAUGUAAUAGACAGUUUUGCAUAAGUCACUUUAAACAAUUUUCCGCUGCUAAAAAAAAAAAA